AUGAUUAAAAAAGGGAGUUUAAAAUUAAAAAAUUUGAAAAUUGCAAGAAGUUCUAUUAAUAAUGUAAAAACUGAUGAUCGUUCAAUAAAUAAAGAAAAUGGAAAAAAUAAAAAUGAAGAAAAAUUGAAGAGAUUAAAAAUGUAUCGUACAAAAGCUAAUUUUAAAAAAAUGAAUAUGAAAAUAAAUGAGGUGAGAAGAAUAGAACCCAAUAUAAAAUGGUUUAAUAAUACAAGAACAAUAAGUCAAAAUAAGUUAGAAAUAUUUCGAAAUAAGUUAGAAGAAUCCACUCAUGAUCCAUUCAGUAUAAUUAUAAAAAGAUCUAAAAUACCUGUAGAAUUAUUAAAAGAUGAAAGAUAUAGUGUAACAAAAAAAUAUAAAAAUGAGAAUUUUUUAAGAAUAGAAAACUAUGAUGACGUAUUUAGUAAAAGGAAAAAAAGAAAAAGACCAAAAUUGAAUGUAUCCAGUAUUGAAGAAUUUGCAAAUAAUGCUAAAAAUAAACUAUCCACUUAUGAAACGAAAAACGAUAAAUCCCUAAUUGAAAAAAAAAGUGAAGUAGAAAAAAAAUAUAGUAAUGAUCAAUUAUUAAAAAUAGGUCAGUCAAAGAGAAUAUGGAAUGAAUUAUAUAAAGUGGUAGAUAGUUCUGAUAUUAUUUUAGAAGUGUUAGAUGCACGUGAUCCUAUUGGAACUAGAUGCAAAAAAUUAGAAGAGAGUUUAAAAAAAGACAGGCCACAUAAGCAUAUAAUAUUAAUAAUCAAUAAAAUUGAUUUAAUACCGACAUCCGUAGCAGAAAAAUGGAUAAAAAUUCUUUCAAAGGAAUAUCCAACUAUUGCUUAUCAUGCAAACAUAAAUAAGCCAUUUGGCAAAAGUGAUUUAUUUAAUAUAAUUAGGCAGUAUACUCAAUUUUUUAAACAACAAAAAAAAAAGCAUGUUCAUAUUGGUUUAAUAGGUUAUCCUAAUGUAGGAAAAAGUGCUAUAAUUAAUUCAUUAAAGAAAAAGGUUGUUUGCAUUUCUGCUUGUUUACCAGGUCAAACAAAAUAUUGGCAAUUUAUAAAAUUAACCAACAAAGUUUAUUUAAUUGAUUGCCCUGGAAUUGUACCAUAUGAUGUUGAAGAUUCAGAUAAAAUUUUAAGAUGUACAAUGAGAAUUGAAAAAAUUACUAAUCCUCAUUUUUAUAUUGAUGAUAUUUUUAAAAUGGUUAAUAAAUCUCACAUAUUUAAAAUUUAUAAAUUAUCAGAGGAUUUAACUUUUCAAAACUCAGAAGAAUUUCUAGAGAUUUUAGCAAAAAAAAUGGGGAAACUUUUAAAAGGUGGUCAACCUGAUAUCAUUUCUGUUUCUAAAAUUAUCUUAAAUGAUUGGAUAAAAGGAAAAAUUCCUUAUUUUGUUAAUCCAGACGAUUAUUUAAAGGAAAUUAAAGAAAAUAAUAAAAGCAAUGAAGAAAAUUUGCAUGUGCAUCCAAAAGAAAAUUGUGUUGAUGCUGACAAAGUUAGUGAAGAUUUAAAUGAUGAAACAAGUGAAGAAUUUAAUGAAGAAGUCAGUGAAGAAUUAUGUGAUGAAAAAGAUGAAGAAUUAUGUGAUGAAGAAGAUGAAGAAUUAAGUAAUGAAGAAGAUGAAGAAUUAAGUAAAGAAGAAGAUAAAGAAUUAAGUAAAGAAGAAGAUAAAGAAUUAAGUAAAAUAUGA